AUGACCGACCGAGCUUCAGAGUCGGCGCGCGGCGAGCGUCCCCGAAGCGAUCCCCCGCACACGCAAAGCGAAUCCGCGCGCAACCGCUGGCCCAUCGGCGGAAGCUUCUCACUCGGCGGCUCCAGCGCGACAAGACGCGGCGGCGCCAGCAAAAGCCCCCUGCAGGCAUUUCGGGCCGCCGUUUACCAAGCACCUGGACCUUCGAGUGAAAGCGGCGGCGCGGGAACUACUAUCUCCUGCACGGCCCCUCAAUCGUCGGCGACAGCAGAUGUUGCAGGCGUCGCGGAGCCUUCGUCUGUCAGACGAUCAAGCACCUACACAGCUCUUCCGGCUGCAAGCAGCGUUGCUAGCAGUCAAGUGUCGGGUAGCCGUCAAGAAUCGCCUAAGAGCCCGUUACUGUUCGUAGCCGGCCGCUCUCCCUCUGAAGCGUCUUCUAGCAGCAGCGAAUACACUCCCAGGGAAACGUCCUCCGUCACGGAGACGGUUGGUAAAAAUACUAAACCUGAGACGGAUUUCAAGGGCAGAAUAAAAGCGGGGGAUUGCGCUGUGAAGGUGUUGGGCGGAGCAAAUCCCGCUGCCGUUGAACUGUACUUCAAGCGGAAGGCGCAAGAGAGAGCGCGUGCUGCUGCUCCUGCUCCGCGACCUGCGGCUGCCCUUGCAGUAGUUAGUGGCAGCUGA